UAUUGAGAUAUGUGAUAAGUUGAGGUGUUGAUGAAGGCAGGUAUUUUUUAAAAUAUUUUUUUUUUCUGACAAUUUUUGCCCUUGUGGCUUGUUCUACUUAAUAGCUGAACCCGGGACCACCUGAAGUCUAAACCUUAUUUUAUAUAACAUGUCAAUGCUGAAUGCUGAUGCUGUGUGAAAUGUGAAAUUUAGACAAUGGUAAUAGGAAUAAUGAAUAGCAAUUUCACCAACAACUUGUUAAUCUCCAGGAAGUGCAAUUAAAAUUAAAAUCACUGUCUGCCACACUGCUCCGAUCCUGGUCAUGCAACCAACGUUCAUGGGUGGUGUUUCGCGCUGCGUGUGUCAGAGCAUUGGGUUUCCAUGGCAGUGUCAACAAACUUCACUGUGACGCUAAGCUAUGACAGCAUCUCAGAACGCUAGCACGCUGCGGUACCAGCACCAGCAGCAUGCUAGCAGUAUUUGAACUCAAACCUCUGUUCUUGGUACGGUUUUUCAGAACCUCUCACUCUGUUCCAAACGUGAUUCAUCAUAAACUAAGAGAUCACAUGCAACGUCAUUUGAGUAAUGCUAUGGUAUGCCGUAGCUACCAGUGCACACAGUGUCUGGAUGGUGAAACAGGGCCAUUAUUAAUCACAUUUGCUUUGCUUUGUUUCAGCAGAAACCUGUCUGCACAUGGGAGGAGCGCAACAAAAGCCCAUCAAGUUCAUGCAUGGCAGUGGAUCUCAACCGGAGAAAACCAGAAAGAACAUGGAUGCUUGUAGAUUGCAGUUGUACACUGCUGUUGUCACCUGAUGUGCGUGGCUGGCAUUGCUCCUGGCAAGAACCACCUGCAAGUGAUGAGAUGGUGCCUCAGUCGUUGAGUGUGCUGCAGUGUGAGAGGCGCCCUGAUCUCUACUUUGUGAUGGGUUUCCAUUGGAGGUUCAACUGAGAAGUGAGAACUGACUGUGACCAUGCUCGAGCAUGCCAGUGGAGCUUUACAUGCUUAGGGCAGCUUUUGAACAGAUGCUGACCAUGGCAUGUCCCAUCCAGUUAUCACGUGCACAGAAUGGUGGGGGGAUGCAACUCUGGGCUCUUGAGUCAGCCCUACUGCAUUGGGGGUACAGAUGGCCGCUUACGUUUGGUGUGUCCUGGGGGCUGUUCACGGGCCCUGUGUGCGGUCGAACCGCACACAGCCUCCAAGCUCCGCCCACUGCGUCCCUACGUCAGCCUUCCGUCACCGCACACAGCGAUCGCUGUGGCCGGUCGGGACUGGCCACAGCGGACCGUCCACCGCACGCAGCCGUGACGUCAGCACCGCCUACCCAUCCCCUACCCCCACGCCUGCUGGACGCACCGCACACACCGCACGCAGCAGUGUGCGGUGCCCGUGAACACCCCUCAGCACUGCAUUAUCAAGCCCAGUCUGCUGCCACAGGCAAUGGGUCGGGCUGCACUAUAUUAAAGGCAGACUAUCUUGCAAAGGAGGCUGGCAUCCUCUCCCAUAAUGACACACCAAUUGACAAUCAUCGCUGCGAUGAUCACGAGGGUGUCCGCUUAUCUAACAUGGUGAGGUGGAGACUGGAGAGCCAGCUCAAGCUGGCCUGAGGGAUGGUUUUACUUCAUCUGAGGUCCCCUUUCCCUGCCUGCCAGGUCCGGUCAAACGACCGCUUCACAGUGAACGACUUGCAGUGGAUGCCGUCCCACAGCGCAACGAGCGCGCCGACCAGAGGCGGCGGCCAAGAGGCGGCCGGGCUCCCCCAGUCGACGGUCCCGGUGGACGUCGGCAACGCCCACCGCGCGACCAUCAGAUCGGCUCGCGACCGCGCCGUCGCCGACUGACCGCAUGACUGGUAUCUGUUCUUGAUGUGGGACCGACUGCCACCGCCGGUCGCGGAAGGGCAUCGCUCAUCGGCCAUCGACGUCCACCAGCUUCGCGUGGGUCACUGUUCGGGCUGCCACCAAUACACCGAAUCGGAUGGAACCCUGUCGGUGAAUGCCGGCGGUGCCCCGACAUCGACUGCGCGGCGGCCAGUGCAUCGCGUGCCGGGAGGAGGCUGGCACCCCCGAUCGGUCAUUGGUCACAAACCGUGUCCCAGCUCAUGACUGCAUCCAGCGCAGCUCUGUGAGAUGUUCUGCUGCAGUCUGCCGCGUGUGUUGAAAGAAGAAUGAACAUGAGAAAACCUCAAAACUUUAUGCCUAUUAGUAUUUGACCAGUAUUGGAAUAAGUUUGGAUUUUGAGAAUUUGUGUCCCUGUGCUUGUGCCUGUGUGGAAAGGCAUGCUUUACGGUGUACCAUCUCAAUUUGUGCGGCUGCUGACAGGCCACCUGGGUGCCGUGCCAACUGCCAACGUAUGUGCGAAUCCGCGAAUACGUUGUGUUUCGUCAGUCGGUAUCGUUCUGAAAAUAUUGACUGCAAUAGGCUAUAUAGCGUAUGACGGUUCAGCCCAGCAGUAAUAACUGACCAUUGAUUAGGCGAAUUUUGUGUGGUGGUUCGCUAAUACAUAACCUAAAGAGUGUUUUGCCGGAAUCGUUUAGUAUCAGAACUGACCGGAAUAUAAGUAGAAUGCAACGUUGUGAAUCGUUAAUUUGUUGAAACGAUUGUUCUCUGAGACCACUGUGUAACUUUUGACCUGAGAAUCACCAAUUAUAACGACAAUGGUGGAAGCAGUAGGCACUGUAGAGUGUACUGUGUAGGCACUAGGCAGCACUAUAUAGUUGGCACACUUACGCAAGCACACGACUUACGCAGUGGACAUCUGCAUUAUGCAUGUUAGGUUUACUGGGAAGAGUGAGAAAUUAGUCAGAAUAUAACUGACUAAGGAAAAUAGGCGAUAUUUCCAAUUGAGCUAGGGCGGAGAGGGGGAGGGGACGUAUGGUCAGCUAUGCCAAUAAUUCAUUCUCGUUAUGCAGCUGUGUAAAAGGGCGUCCGUUUUUUGGGUGAGACCUUCCCCAUUGGCCAUUUCCAUGCUAAAUCGUGGUGGAGAGUCUGGAGACCUCAUCCUCGGUAGUCGGUACCCUGCGCGCUGCGCCACCUUGCGAAACAUAAAGCAGCAGUCCUGACAUCUACAGGCGUUACUUUUCAUGAAAGCGCGGAUGUGUUCGCGCUUAUGUGAAGAAAAUUCUUCCGAGUAUGUUUGAUAAUGAGAUUAAUUGUUGUCAUUUAUUUAUUAAUUCAUUGGCAAAAGUACCCUAAUAAAUCGGUAAAGUAGCUUAAACUGUAACGUAUUUCCUUGGGGAAAAAAUGACGAACUCAUCCUAAGACAUCCAGAUUAUUGGAUGCGUUCGUCAGUUGAAAGUAGUUCAAGUUUUUGGAAAAAUUUGCUUGUGGAAAAUCAUAAUAUUUCAAAGAUAUGCCUAUUUUGGAAUAAUUUAUGCAUUUAUCUGCAUUGAAAAAUGAUUGUAAAGCAAAAUUGCAAAAGAUUAUUGUCAAUUUAUUUUCUCAAAUCACAAUUUACGAACGCACAAAACUCCAGCUUUUAAUUUAGUGCGUGUGCGAAUUGCGGUCAAGAAAAAAGAUUCAAACUGUCUAUAUUCCUCUUAAAACAUUGAAGGAUGAAUGAGGAAAACGCUGUUUUGAACGAUUGUAUAUUUAUUUAUUCUCAAUUAAGCAAAAGUACAAAAUUUUCAACUAUUAUUGCAUUUGCUCUCACAAAACCCAUCACUUUUAAGCAUGACGUCAUGUCACCCAAACUUACUAGCGCCAUCUCUGGAGAGCAUCUUUCGAAACCUCCAGACGAUAGAGAGAGCCGGUUUUAGGUUAGCCUGGUUGAGACUGUUGGUCUUCUAGCCACCCAUCAGUCCAGCCGCAAUGGCCACAGAUGAUGUCAAGGAAGCCACUGAGGGUGUUGGAGCACUUAGUGUCACUGAGAAGGCCAGCAAUGGAGUCUCAGAAAAGUGGGGACUUGAGCUGCAGCAUCUCUACCACUUGGCUGUCAAGUUUUACAAAGACAACUCUGGCAAGGUGCUGCAGCCGAGUUACGAGCAGAAGCUGCAGCUGUCGGCUCUGCAGCAGCAGUCAGUCCACGGGCCGUGCCGACCGGACGCGCUGCCGCCGCUCGGAGUGCUGGACGUCAUCGGACGCGACCGCAGACAGGCGUGGCAGGCGCUCGGUGAACUGAGCCGACCCGAGGCCAUGACUCGCUACAUUGAGCUGCUAGACUCUGUGUGUGCUACGUUCCGGCCGUACGCGGAGGCACACAAGUGUGACCUGGAGGCCAAACAGCGGAAACUAGAAGAGGCGCAGAACUCUGCCCGCCAGGAGCUGCAGGAGCAGGAGGAGGGUCGCCAGCGGCUGGAGCAGAUGGCCAUUCAGCAGGAGCAGGAGGAGGCUAGGAGACAGGAGGAGACCAAACGACACAUCAAGGAGGCUCUGAACCAGCAGACGCGGGCCCAGUUUCGGGCCUACGCCGAACAGCAGUACCCGGGCAGCCCUGAUCAGCAAGCGGUGCUGAUCGAGCAGCUUCAGGAGCAGCACUAUCAGCAGUACAUGCAACAGCUGUACCAGCAGCAGCUCCAGCAACAGCAGCAGCAGCAGCGGCCGGCACCGGUAGAGACCAGUGGAGGUGGGGCGGCCGAACCCCAGCCGGCUGGAGCGUCCGACCACGCCGCAGAGCCCGCCGCGCCCGCUGUGCCCGCCGCGCCGGCCAGUUCACAGGGCGACGCUGCCGGGACGGGGACAGGAGCCGCAGUGCCACCGCCAGUGAGUGCCGCCAUGGCCGCCGUCCAGACCCCAGAGACGGAGGCUCUGCUGGAGUCGGGAGCCGACAGGUCACUCCGGGAGACGGACGGACUGUUGGCAGAGUCGGCGGGCGAGGAGUCCGACUCCGGAGACGAGCAUGUGCCCGACGUCGGCUCUGCCAGUAUGUGGACGCGCAAGGACCUUGCCGAGUUCAAACAGGCCAUCAAGGCCGAGGGAGGUGACGCAGUACUCAAGGUCGGCCACGGAGAGACGGUCACGAUCCGUGUACCUACCCACGAGGACGGCACGUGCCUGUUUUGGGAGUUCGCCACGGACAGUUACGACAUCGGCUUCGGCGUGUUCUUCGAGUGGGGUCCCUCAGAGGACAGCGAGGUGACCAUCCACAUCAGCGAGAGCGAGGAUGAGGACGAGGACCCCGAGAAUGCCGACGAUCCGGAGCGGGGCGCUCACGCGGCCGCCGAGGACCGUCCGCUAACCACCUGUGUGAUUCCCGUGUACCGGCGGGACUGCCAUCAGGAGGUGUACGCCGGAUCGCAUGUCUAUCCUGGACAGGGCGUGUACCAGCUCAAAUUCGACAACUCCUACAGUCUAUGGCGCUCCAAGACGCUCUACUAUCGAGUCUACUACACGCGGUGAAAGGCCCACGAGCGCUCACCCGGCUGUGUAGCGCCGCGGCGCCGGUCAGUGUGGGGUCUGAGACCAGACCAUGGACCAGUCGCGGCAGAUUAGACCAUGGUCUGUGGUCUGGAUGAUCCAGCCCGGAGUGGUGGUGGGUGAUCCACCGAGUUACCAGCGCUCUGAGGCAGCGGACCGCUGAGGCUACUGCUGUAAGGGCUGGCAGGUGGAUAUUGAUGGAGUGAUGGGAACAAGAGGCUAGGUUCUGUCAGAGCUGAGGUAGAUUCUAUGCUGUAGUGGUUUCAGCCUUGUCAGCGAGGCUGAGAGACGUGUGUGGGCACUGGAUUUUGGGUAGUGGACUGGUGACGGCAGAUGAAUGGCUGCCUGUGGAUGACUGGGAGUGAAGUGGAUAUUCCACACCGUUUUGUGGUACUCAGAGGUGGACGUCACUGUGCAAUGUAAUUAUAUGGGCAAGCAAUGUUACGUUACACGGAAUCCUGUAUACUCACUAGUCACUGGACCCAUGGGGCGGUGGACUGUUGGAUCGUGUAGUAUUACCACCAACUGUCCCAGUGCGCUCUGCUGCGACCUUCUUUCCGUGGCCCUCUCAGCUCCGCCAACGUACGGCCAUCCUAGUACCGUGUCCAGGCCCGUGCAGCUCUGCCCGUAGUCCUCUAGUACCGCUUUCCACCUCCCAUCUGUACUCUCUGGCGCUCGCAGCCCCGCCGGCCGUCCCAGUACCGCCAUCUGCCCCUUUUAGCUCUCUGCAGUGACGACUAGCCAACCUGAUCGGCCGGUAGUGAGCCUUUCAGAACUAUCACGGAUAUCUCCCAGCUGACUACUCCGGCAGGGGAAGUCAUCAUCGGACAACUGCACGGCGCCUCACAGACUGACUGCUCCACCUGAUCGGACUAGAAAGAACGGAGAUUGCGCCGCCCCUGUCGCCCGCCGCUGGUGGGCGUUCAACGGAAAUGUGCAGUAGAUACUGUGUGCGGCACAUACUGUAUGGAGUCGUUUGGGAGACUCUUCAUUGAGCGGAGAUACGACUCAAUCUGUCCGACCCAUGGUUGGAUCAGAUCCCUGUGUGUCCCCUGCCCCGGGCAUUUCAUGUGUUGUUCUGUUGUUUUGUAGAUGUUUAUGUUGCGACGCUGUCUGAGUCGCGAUUCCUGUAAUGAAUGGUGUGACUGUUUGGUGUUUGGGUGUCCCCCGAUGUGUGGGGCAGGGCUAGUGUGAAACAUGCUACAGCCACGCCGGGUUUGGCUAGGGAGAGGUCUUACUGUAUCUGAUGAUUGUGAGCAAGGCGUGGUAAUUUUAAGAAACGAUCUACCGCCGCCAGCGCCACCACUCGUGUACUUGUGUUUCUCGGACUGUUCGUCGGAGGGCAGCACUGGUCGGUUGUGUAGCGUUAUUGGACGGGCCGUGAUGUCGCUUCUCUGGGCGUUCGUUGUCGCAAUGGCUGUCCCGUGGACUGCCGUUUGCGUCGCAGCACCGUAGAGUGCUCAGAGGCUCUGGGCAUUUGAGUCGUAUGGAUGAACGGGCUUUAAAGUGUAUAACCAAUUACAUGUGUGAGUGUGUCCGUGGAAUACAGCUAUGUUGUAUCUUACA